UGGAGUUACUGCAUCUCUGUCGGCAUUGUCACAAAUGAACACUGUGACGAUUAGAGCCAACAUGGCGGACAGCGAGAGCUUGGAGACUAUCACCGAACAUGAGCGAAUAUUACAGGAGAUCGAGAGCACGGACACGGCGUGCGUGGGGCCGACGCUACGAUCCGUUUACGAUGAUCAGCCCAAUGCACACAAAAGGUUUAUGGAGAAACUUGACGCCAGAAUACGCAACCAUGACCGAGAGAUUGAGAAAAUGUGCAACUUCCAUCAUCAGGGAUUCGUGGACGCCAUCACAGAACUGCUGAAGGUCCGAGCGGAUGCUGAGAAGCUGAUGGGCCAAGUGAGCGACACCAAUCGAAGACUUCAAGACGCCGGACGAGAGGUGACGGCCCAAACGGAGGAGGUCAUCCGCUGCCGAAUUCAACAGAGGAACAUGGCUACCACGGUGGAGAAGUUGCAGCUCUGCAUUCCCGUCCUGGAAAUGUACAGCAAAUUAAAGGAGCAGCUUGAAUCGAAAAGCACUGCCCUGUACCAGCAGGCUCAGCAGCACCGUACGUUUAACAGUGCAGUGCAGAAGCAGGUGACUCUGAGCUGUGCCAAACCUCUGUAUGGUCUGAAUGGCCGAACACCCCUCCAUCACAACGGCCUGAGCACAGAGGCAGCGGAUGACGAGGAGAUGGAUGAGGAGGUCUUGACGGUGCAGGAUCUGGUGGAUUUUUCGCCAGUCUACCGAUGUCUUCACAUCUACACUGUUUUGGGAGACAGGGAGACGUUUGAAAAUUACUAUAGGAAGCAAAGAAAAAAACAAGCAAGACUAGUACUGCAGCCUCAGUCUAACAUGCACGAGACAGUGGAGGGCUACAGGAAGUACUUUAAUCAGAUUGUCGGGUUCUUUGUGGUGGAGGAUCACAUACUACAUGCCACACAAGGCCUGGUGACUAGAGCCUUCACAGACGAACUGUGGAACAUGGCCCUGUCCAAGAUCAUCGCAGUGCUCCGCACACACUCCUCCUACUGCAAUGAUCCCGACCUGGUCCUAGAACUGAAGAACCUAAUAGUUAUAUUUGCAGACACUUUACAGGGUUAUGGCUUCCCUGUCAACAGACUUUUUGACCUUUUGUUUGAGGUUAGAGAUCAGUACAACGAAACAUUGCUCAAAAAAUGGGCCCUGGUGUUCAGGGAUAUUUUUGAGCAGGACAACUACAGCCCCAUUCCAGUGGAAAAUGAAGAGGAGUAUAAGGCCGUGAUCAGUCGCUUCCCCUUCCAUGAUGCAGAGAUAGAAAAGCAACAAUUUCCAAAGAAGCUGCCCAUGUCCCAGUCAGUGCCUCAAAUCUACUCUCAAGUGAAGGAGUUUAUUUACGCCAGCUUGAAGUUCUCCGAGUCACUCCAUCGCAGCUCAACUGAGAUUGACGACAUGCUCCGUAAAUCCACCAACCUGCUGCUGACGAGGACGUUGAGCAGCUGCUUACAAAAUCUAAUCAAAAAGCCACACAUAGGAUUAACUGAGCUAGUUCAAAUUAUCAUCAACACCACCCAUUUAGAGCACGCGUGUAAAUACCUGGAGGAUUUUAUCACGAACAUCACCAAUGUUUCUCCGGAAACGGUUCAUACCACAAGACUCUACGGGCUUUCCACCUUCAAGGAUGCUAGACAUGCAGCCGAAGGAGAAAUAUACACCAAACUCAACCAGAAGAUUGAUGAAUUCAUUCAGCUGGCUGAUUAUGAGUGGGGCAUGGCAGAGUCGGACGGCAGAGCCAGCGGCUACCUCAUGGACCUCAUUAACUUCCUGCGUAGCACCUUCCAGGUCUUCACACACCUUCCAGGUAAGGUGGCACAGACGGCGUGCAUGUCUGCCUGUAAACACCUGGCCACGUCACUGAUGCAGAUGCUGCUGGAUACUGAGCUCAAACAGAUCAGCAUGGGAAAAUUUUUUGCCAGUUCAGAGCCCGUGCCAGGAUUCCAGGGGGACACACUGCAGUUGGCCUUCAUUGACCUCCGACAGCUUCUAGAUCUGUUCAUGGUGUGGGAUUGGUCCACGUACCUGGCAGACUACGGACAGCCCACCUCAAAGUACCUGCGGGUGAACCCCUCCACUGCGCUAGCACUUUUGGAAAAAGUCAACAGAGGAAUGAAAGACACAAGUAAAAAGAACAUCAUCUUCUCCCAGUUCAGGAAGAACGACCGUGACAAGCAGAAAUUGAUCGAGACCGUGGUGAAGCAGCUGAGAAGUCUGGUGAAUGGAAUGUCCCAGCAUUCCUAGAGGCAUCCACAUGAAUUCCAAACACUGGGCUGGGUUUGACAAUGUAACUUGCAAACUAUGUUAUACUUCUAGCUUUGGCCCUUUUUUCAAAAUCCAAUAACUCGCUGUAAGCUAACUACUCUCAAAAGUACUGUGGUAUAUUUUGACUGCAUCCUCCAUGUCUCCUGCCAAAAUAUUCACCACUGUAGGUUAAUAAUGUAAAUAUGGUGCAAAAAUGAAGAGAAAAAAAAGUGAAGUUAUGCAGUAAUUUUUUGUAAUGUAUUUUUAAAGGUUGAGAAUUAUGUUUUGUACGUUGUGAAAGUGCAAUGACUCCUAACACUACACUUGAGAGAGCGGCGGUGUGUAUGUGACUGGUGAUGCUGAUGGUCAUAUUGCAACCUGUAUGAAAUUCUCCCUGGUGUAACAUGGAAGAAGUUUUUAUUGUAAAUAUUUUUAAAUAUAUUUAACACCGCUAUGGAAUCAUGCUUCCCAUGGGUCUGCCAGUGAGUAGACUGGCAGACCAAUGUUUAGCAUUUGCAUGAGAAUGCAUCGUUUUUUCUUUUACGUUGGCAGACUUUGUUCCAACUCGUGUGCACAAACAGCUCUUCUUUAUUGAAAAGAAUCUAAAAUUGUCAGCUGCAUUUCACUGAAUGAUGAACAAAUGCACCACAGAAUUAUAUUAAAUUUUUUAUUUUCUCAGGGUGAAAUGAAAGCUUUGGGUCAGAUGCUUUAGAAUCUCAUUUUUAGGCGAAAAUAAAUAAGCAAUAAUUAGUCCAGCUACAGACAUGGAAAAAUUCCAGAUUAAUAUCUGCAUCCACAUGCUUUUAUUUUGUUUCUUAAAAUUUAUUUUGAGCAGGCAUUUUGCACUGAAAAUUAUUUAAGUUUGCCUUUUAACAAGCAACUGUAUGCUUAUGUAUUUAAAGUACCACUGUAUAUACACCAUACUAUUUUAUUAAAAUUGGGGGGAAAAUGGAAUGUAAAGCAUAACACGUGUGUCGUUUGAGGAUGUUUCCAUAUUUCAGUUUUCUGUCGUCUUAUGGUUGUAUCAACACUAAUAUUGGUUUCACUUUAAAAUAUCUCUCAUAACUUAAAGACAUGGUUAGCAAAUCAGUAGUUCCUUUACAUUCAGAUAUUACAAGUGUUUGAAUGUACAUUAACUAAUGAUCUGUUAGGCAUUAUGGAAUUUGUUAAUAAUAAUGAAAGUUACUGUAAAGUGUCACCCAGAUAUUUAAAAUUUCAAUGAGGCAAACAGAAUCACAAUAUCCAAUUACUGGCAGUACCUGGAGUUACACAAACCCAAGUGACUUCAGUUGUUUUCAAGAUCCACCCAUUUUUAUGUGUGUGCUUUAAUAAAAUUUCACAACAAAAUACA